AAGAGAGAUAAGGUUGUGCACAUUUCUUAUAAAACCUUAGGCCUCUUGAUUUUUCUGUUGAACAGAACAUUUAGUCCAUACACAACAUGAUGAUCUCUGCAAUCUUCGUAGCUUGCCUUGCCUCUGCGGCGAUGGGCAUGACAACUAAACAUCAUGGACACGGUCAUGUUACACAUCAUCAUGGACACCAUACUGGACCCACUCACGAACCCAACAUUAACGAGAGCUUUAUGUUCCACUACGAUGCACACUCGCACUCACUAGCAGUAAAAACCCAUAAGAACUGUUACUUGUACAUGCUGACAGCAGAUGAACAAACGAGCGUCCACUCAUCAACCGGACUACAUGCCAUCGAGAAGACCGUCAUUGACCUCAUUGAUGCAAACACCGCCACCACCGCGGUCUCCUCCGGAGAUCUCACCGCCAUGAGUCAUGGCCUGGCCCACUUCUGUGGAAAAUUGUCCGCUAUGAGAUUGAAUUAAAUCAA